AUGAAUGUAUAUUUAGAACUGGAAAAUUUAAAUCGAAAUAUUGAACAACAAAGUAAAUAUUAUGAAGAACUUGAAGCACCGUAUUUAUCAUGUAAUGAUCACAUUAAGCCGUUGUGUUUGUUGCAUGGACAUGUUGAACAAAAACGUAAAGAAAAAAAUGAUCUGAACGAGAAAUUAGAAGUAGCCAAAUACAAUUAUCAUCGAAAUAUCGCAAAAAUAACUCAACAGUGUGCAAAUUUAGCAAUGGCCUUUCGUUCAAAUUAUUAUUCAUAUAUGAGUGCAAAUCUGGAUGAAAUAAAAACAAAAACAGAAUCUCGUUUAAAUGCAUUGCUAGACGAAGUUAACCAAGCAAAAGAUUUAGCACAGUCAAAUGAUCAUAAUUUAACAGUACUUAAUGAAAAGUUUGAUCGAGAUAUGGUACAUUUUGAUUGUUUGAAAAAAUCAAUUGAAAUUAUAACAAAUAAAUUAAAAAGCAAUAGCAGUUAUUUGAAUGAUGAAAAAUGUAUUAAAAGUGAUUUGGUUGAAUUACAAUUAUCAAUAGAAGAAUUAGAAAAAUGGCACGCAAGGACUGAUAGACCCUUUCGAACAAAGAAAAUGGCUGUUUCUGAUGAAGUACGUCAAUAUCGAGAAGCUUUUUCAUUAUUCGACAAAGAUCAUGAUGAUAUAAUAGCGCCACAAGAACUUGGUAUUGUUCUCCGUUCAUGUGGUUUAAGUCCAUCUGAAGCUGAUCUUCAAAAAAUACAACAACAAGUUGGUAGAAAAAUUGAUUUUGAUACAUUUGUUAAAAUAGCGAAAGAUUUCAAAGCAAAUAAUAAGGAAACAGAAGAAGAUAUACGCGAGGCAUUUCGAGUAUUUGAUAAAGAUGGAACAGGUUAUGUAUCCGUGUCCGAAUUAAAGCAUGCUAUGAUAUCAUUAGGUGAACGUUUAACUGAAGAAGAAGUAGACGAAUUAACAAGAGAAGCAGAUAUUGAUGCUGAUGCUGAGAGCAACUCUUCAAGAACAGAUCUUUCCUCAUCUUAUCGUCGUUUGGCCGAUGAAAUUCGAACAAAACAAACACCAUCAAAUCAGUUGAUUAAGUUUUAUUUACAAGUUUUUCUAGAUAUUUUUCAUGUUGAAGAUGUUAUUCAAGUCUAUUCAUCAAAGGAUAUGUAUAUAACAGCAUCAGAACUAGUUAAUAUAUCGGGUUUUCAAGCCGACUGUAUUUGUUUUCGAUGUGGUACAUCUGGACAGACAAAGUCGGUUGAAUUUCGAAGCGCUUCCGAUAUCGUUGCAAUUAUGUUAAACGAUUUGCCGUUAAAACAAGCGCUACCGCGCCUCAGUUUUUCUGGACGGCAUUUUCAAUUGCACAGCAUGAUUGUACUUAAGACAGAUAACCAAAAAUCAAUAUCAUCAUCUUACAUCGACUGUUUAAUUCGUUGUACAGAAUCAGGUUGGCAAACGUUCACCGAACAUGGCGAAGAAAUUCCAUCGUUCAAGUGCAGUACGCAACAGUCAGAUAGAAAUAUUUUGUCAUUGUGGAAAUGUUGUGCAGAAACGCAUGUGGAUAUGACAAAUGUAACAAGAAUCACACCAGAUUUACUAACAACAUUGAUAAAUGGUAAUAAAACGAGCGAAUCUCAAGCACCAUCAUCAUUUGCUACUGAUAAAUCGUCAUCUGAAAUAGCAUCGAUACUAGUGAAAGAUCAACGAGAACUAUCAUCACUUCCCAUUGCAGACUCACAUAGUAAUGAUUGCUUUAUUGAUUCACAGAUGCCGAAUAUGGAUGACACACUUAUUUCUCCAUUGGCGAUUGAGAAAAACGAUUUAACAACAAAUACUGAAUUUAUACCACCCCAUUCAUUAUCAUCAUCAUCAAAUGCUCAAUUUGCUCCAUCAUUUGAUCACAGUAAUAUGUCAUCGUUGAAUCAAGAUUUGAUUGAACAAAAAGAACAAUUACCACAGUCUUCUGUGUCCGCAGCUUCUGUACAACUUGUGAUUGAUAACACUAAUAGCAAUAAAUCGAGGACCAUAAACAACAAUAAUGAAUUUCAUUUCAAUGUUUCAUCACUUGAUGAACUUGUUAAAGUGUUAUCUACUGUAAAGCAUUUACAGUUAAAACAGCCACUACUACGGAAUAGUAAUCUAGAACGACUAGUCACUUUGCAGAACAAUGAUAUACGAGUAACGAAUAUUCUUCAAGUACCACCAUCAUCGUCAGCUGUUCUUCCUUCAUUUUCAACACUUUUGACAGCUCAAAAAUCGGAGUCUGUGAAGAAUCACAUUCCGUCGUAUUCUGUGAAGCAACCUUUAUUAACUGAGCGACCAAACCAGCAUGUUGUACCAUCAAAGUCAAGUAUCACAAUUAUCCCUCAAGCUCAAUCAAAUGACGUACAUUCAUCAACCAAAAUUGUGCAGAAUUUAUUUCGUAAACCUAGCUUGAACGUGAACGAUUUAGCUAAUCAUCUUUUAUGGCCACUAUUGAAUUCUGCAAUCGACAAUGAAAUGAAAAAUGAACACCAGCAUACAACUAUGUCAAUGAGGAAUGAUUCCACUAUAAUGGAUACUAAUAAUACAGUCGAACAGCAUACGGAUGAUACCGAUGCUGUCGAAGUAGAAAAUAUUCUUCGUCCAUCACACGGUUUAUUAUGUCAAAAACAAAUAUGUCAGGCAGGAAGUUCGACUCAACAAAGCCCUGAAAUAAGUUCGAAUGUGCGUGAAGAUGCUGAUAAACACGGUGAAUGUAUUAUUUCAAAAGAUGAAAUACAUUCAUUUAUUGUCAAAUGUAUGCUACGUGUUGGAACAAAACCAUCUCAUGCUGCAGAACUUGCCAAUAAUCUUGCUUGUGCUGAUUACAGAGGACAUUAUUCUCAUGGUUUAAAUCGUUUGGACAUGUACGUAGAAGAUGUCAAAUCUGGAACAACUGAGCGCAAGGGUGAGCCACAAAUUAUGAAGAAUAAUGGAGCAACUGCUUUGGUCGAUGGAAAAAAUCUUCUUGGACCAGUUGUGGGAAGCUAUUGUAUGGAUUUAGCAAUUGAAAAAGCAAAGAAAUUCGGGGUCGGAGUGGUUUCUUGUAGACAUUCAAACCACUUUGGUAUAGCUGGAUAUUAUUCGUUACGUGCUGUUGAAAAAGAUUUAAUUGGUUGGUCAUUUACAAACACAUCUCCGCUUUUAGUACCAACAAGAUCGAAACAACAAUCAUUAGGAACAAAUCCGAUAUCGUUUGCUGCUCCUGGUAAAAAUGGCGAUAGUUUCGUAUUGGAUAUGGCUACAUCUACUGUUGCUUUUGGAAAAAUUGAACUAAGCCAAAGAAAAGGCGAUAAAAUUCCGAACACAUGGGGUUGUAAUGAAGAAGUUACGAGACCAGAAGAUGUGCGAGGCUUAUUGUCAUUAGGCGGUCCGGAAGAAUCAGGCGGCUACAAGGGUUACGGCUUAGCUAUGAUGGUUGAAAUUUUAUGUGGAAUAUUGAGUGGCUCUCACUUCGGUCCAUGGAUUCGAUCUUGGAAAGGAUCGUCGAAUACGGAAGCAAAUCUUGGCCAUUGUUUUAUUGCAAUAAAUCCAAUGGAAUUUGAAGAUGAAUUUGAAAAUAGAUUACAGAAACUCAUUGAUUACUGUCGACGAUUGGAUCCAACAGAAAAACAGAAACCAGUUUUAAUAGCAGGUGAUCCUGAACGAGCACAUAUUCAAUUGUGUAAUAGAUUAGGUGGUAUACCUUAUCAUCAAAGUCAAAUCGACUAUGUACAUGAACUUGCAUCCGUUUUAAAAGUCGAUUUACCAACAAUUCAAAAGUCCACAAAAAAUUAA